GGGAAAAUUUUGGUAGAUUAAGUUAUGUUUUUAGGCUUGGUUUAAGUGUAAAUUAGCUUGAAUUGGGUUGUUGUGAUUUUGGAGUGAAAUCCCGUGAAUUAGCUAGUGUUUUGGCCAAUUUGUGGAAGUCGGAGUUACUGUUCACGUCGUGAGCACUGUUCGCGGGUACUGUUCAUAGGCACUGUUCACACCCCGAGAGUCGACGAUUAACGGGGAUUUAAAUGAUUAGUUUGUGAUAUAAUAACGAAUUUGGAGAUAUCUGAUCAUGUGGAGAUUUAUGGAAAUAGCUUUGUGAUUAGGAAUGAUCCUAAUGAUGAUUUCAAUGUGAAUUUGUGAUAGUGGUAUUAAUUCUUGGAAUAUUUUGAUUAGGUUCUUGAUCAUUCUGUCAGUUUAGUACGUGAAUUGAGUGCUCGGUUUUGCGGAGUGAGGUAAGUAAAAUUAUGGUAACGCCCUUCGACUUUUCAAGCAUGUUUUGAUUUGUUUUUGAAAUGGUGGCGGGACUAAACCCGUUUUACACGAGCAUGACAGAUUUGAAUGAUUGUGAAUUGUGAUUUUCUUGUUAACUUCUGCUUGUUUUGUCUCCGAUAUGGUCAUGUUAUUCGUGUGCCCGCUAGUGGGAGGUUUAUAAACGCUAGCACAUGUCGACAUGUUAUUGAUAGAACCGGUUCGCUCGUGGCCUUACUAGUGGGGAUUAUACACUAGCACUCGUGGCCCUACUAGUGGGGAUUAUACACUAGUACUCGUGUGCCCGCCAGUGGGAGGUUUAUAAACGCUGGCCAUAACCUAUAAAGGAGACGUCUAUUUCGUACCCGUACUGUAUCCGUUUUUCGUGAUUGCACUUGAUGGCAUGCUAUAAGUUUAAUUAAGGGCAAUCCAUAUUUUACUUACUGAGUUAUCUCACCUCGUUUUUUCUCGUCCACCAUUUCAGGUAGUGUGCCCCGAGACUCGAAAAUCAAGGGGAGUGACGUGAUAAAAGGCUAGCCACUUGAGAUUUGACAUAGAUUUUAGAUACAUGUACACCACGCUCUUGUAAGUUAGAUUUUAAUUGGAAAUUUUAUGGUAUCAAAACUGAUUUUGUUCAGUAAGUUUUGAGCCUUGUGCAUUUGUGGGACCCGUCUCAUGAGUGCACGGCGUCUGUCGCACCUCGGAUUCGAGUUCUGGGGCGUGACAAUCAUUCAUGCUAUCACUUCAUAUUUUAGCAGUGAAAUAGCAGCAUUCGUAGCAAAAUGAGUUACCAUGUGCAAGAUUGAAGGAAAAGUGGCUGCAAGAUUGAACAAGUUAGAGACUUUAGUUAGUUGAUUCUCUGACAUUCAAGACUUCAAUUAUAUUUUCAAGUCUAAACAUUUUCAAAGUCUUACAACCUACAGGGUACGUAUUGGUGGGAUCAGAAGAAGACGAGGUUAUAUUUCUGAACUUUGCAAGACAUGAUUCUGGAGCUAAACAUUUAAUUUUACUAAGUUUUGUUAGAGAAAGUAAGGGAGUUGACUUCUUGUACUAUUUAUGAUUGUCAAGACAUGGAGUGCUUGUUUCACUUGAACUCAUCCUAAUCAUCGUUCUAUCUAGUGCUGAAUAAGCUUAAAAUUCUCCA